ACAUGGUCGGCUGCCCAUCACGCAUGCAAGCAACAGAGCAUUUCAUCGCUCCGGAGUUUAUGGCACAGAUGAGAUCCGGACAGUGGUGGCCCCAAACUUUGCCGAGUCAGUCACUGAAGGGGACAUCAAGUGGGAGAAAGCUGUGGGAGACCGGGUGGAAGUCGAUGAGGUGGUUGCAGAGAUAGAAACAGACAAGACAAACAUGCCAGUGCACGCUCCCGCUGCUGGUGUCAUUGAAGAGCUGCUGGUCAAGGAUGGGGAGACAGUGACCGCUGGCAAGAACCUGUUCAAGCUUCGAGUCGGAG